CCAAGGUGGCGGUGGGGAAGACGCAGGCCGUUGGGGCGGCUCGGAGGCAGAUAUGGAAUCUAAGGUCUAGAAGGUUAAAAUUUAGAAGCCUAAAGCCAUACAGCCAGGAAGUAGGAGAAUCAGGAUUCAAACUCAGGUGACUAUGAAAGGCUUAUAUUUUCAAAAGAGUUCUACAGAUGAAGAAAUAACAUUUAUAUUUCAAGAAAGGGAAAAUCUUCCUGUUAUAGAGGAUAACUAUGUGAAAGUUCAAGUUAAAGCUUGUGCUCUGAGCCAGAUAAAUACAAAGCUUUUGGCAGAAAUGAAGAUGGAGAAGGAUUUCUUUCCUGUUGGGAGAGAAAUUGCUGGAAUUGUGUUAGAUGUUGGAAGCAAGGUAUCAUUCUUUCAACCAGAUGAUGAAGUCGUCGGAAUUCUGCCCCUGGAUUCUGAAGACCCUGGACUUUGUGAAGUUGUUAGAGUGCAUGAGCAUUACUUGGUUCACAAACCAGAAAAAGUUACAUGGACCGAAGCCGCUGGAACCAUUCGGGAUGGAGUACGAGCCUAUACAGCUCUGCAUUAUCUUUCUCAUCUCUCUCCUGGAAAAUCAGUCCUGAUCAUGGAUGGAGCAAGUGCACUUGGUAUGAUAGCUAUUCAGUUAGCACACCACAGAGGAGCCAAAGUGAUUUCAACAGCAGGCAGCCUUGAAGACAAGCAAUGCCUCGAAAGACUUAGGCCUUCUAUAGCCCGAGUCAUCGAUGUAUCUAAUGGGAAAGCCCAUGUUGCUGAAAGCUGUUUAGAAGAAACAGGAGGCCUGGGAGUAGAUAUUGUCCUAGAUGCUGGAGUGAGAUUAUAUAGUAAAGAUGACGAACCAGCUGUAAAAUUACAACUACUACCACAUAAACAUGACAUCAUCACACUUCUUGGUGUUGGAGGCCAUUGGGUAACAACAGAAGAAAACCUGCAGUUGGAUCCUCCAGAUAGCCAUUGCCUUUUCCUCAAGGGAGCAACGGUGGCUUUCCUUAAUGACGAAGUUUGGAAUUUGUCAAAUGUGCAACAGGGAAAAUAUCUUUGUAUCUUAAAAGAUGUGAUGGAGAAGUUAUCAAGUGGAGUCUUUAGGCCUCAGUUGGAUGAACCCAUUCCACUGUAUGAGGCGAAAGUUUCCAUGGAAGUUGUUCAGAAAAAUCAAGGAAGAAAAAAGCAAGUUGUUCAAUUUUAAUUUUGUUCUUUCUCAGACCUCAGUUGAAUAAACCCCUUCCAGUACUUGAAGCCAGAGUUUCCUUGGGAAUUGUUCAGAAAAGUCAAGGAAGAUAAAAGCAAAUUGUUCAGUUUUCCUGCUAUGAGUCAAGACGCUCAAAGUUAUUUAAAGUUUUUGAAAAGUAUUUGAGAAAUUGUACAAAUGGUCAAGAAAAUUCCAUAAUUAACAUCUAAAGGGAAUAUUCUGGAAUUCUUUUUGGCUUGUUUCUAUACAUUUGCCUCUGUUAGAAAAUUCUUUCCAUGAAGAAAAUUGCUUUCAGGAAAAGCCACGCUACUCUAUUGAUAAAGUUUAGUCUUUUGGUAUGUCAA